AGGGUAACAGGUCCAUGAGAAAAAUCUAGAAUAUCUAUUCCCUUCCAAGACGUGUGACCUCAGUCCCUCCUCAGAAAGUAUUACUAGUGGAAUAUUACAUCAUGCGAUCUAUAGACGCAGCUCACUUACUGGCUCGUCUCGUGUCAGAGGUCGUGGUGGCUGCUUGUUAUCGAAGUGUACCUGUGGCCAAGAGUGGGUUAACUCGGUGUCUCUGAAUGACAGCGGGAUAGAGAGAAGGAAGUGCAGGGGAGCUUAAAUGAGUGAGAGGCAGGGGGCAUAGGUAGAGGAGGAGGAGUGGCAGAAUGAUAGAGAGAAUUAAUUCAGUCCAGCCCCAUCAGAUUGACGCCACAGCCAACUGGAGUAGCCUAUGUCAAACGCACACAGUGCCACAGAGUCAUGGAUGAAGAAAAGAGGAACAUCAAGUUGCUACCAAGGAAGACAAGCGUCACUCUAGAAACAUGUGGGAGAGCAGAACCAGACCUCAGCACACGAGACGUCCUGGCCCUUCCUGCUGCAAGGGACGCAAAGCCCUUCUGCUCUGUCAGCAGCAACCAGAGGGCAUGUUUCUUCUUUUACUUGUCUGCCGUUCAACUGUUCCUCCUCUGUCUGUCCCUGCGACCGACCGCUGUUGAUUACAGGUUACGGAGCUGUUCGAGAUCAUCGAAAAGCUGCAGAAUAGACGAGCAACGAUGUGUAUUCCCGCCACCUCUUAAGACCCAACUGCUGAAGAUAGGAGGUGAGGUGCCCCUCGUUCUCCCACCCAAGUUGGGAGGCUACUGGCUGGAUCCCCCCCUGGAUAAGCUUGGAGACAUGAGCCCCUGCACUUCUCCCCAACACGGCCUGGACCCUGCCUGCUAUGAUAUAUUGGAGCGAGACAGCGAUGCCAAGAUCUACCGAGAGUUCUUCGGCUCACUAUACCAUCACACGUUCAUAGCAGUGGAUGCCUCUCUGGGUCCACUGGUGCUCUCUGUGUGUUUGGAGGGAGAAGCUCAGAGAAUACGAGUCAUCUUAAGGAUGAUGGAGUGCUCUCUGCAUGGAGUUUUCUCCCUUUCUCUUUUCCACAAUGUUCCUUCUGCUGUUGAGUUAGCCAAGAGGCUCUGUGAGAAUGUCACCAUGACCCGGUUUGAAGCAGUCAGCUAUCUGAAGGCUCCGGAGUUGAUAAUAGCGUUUGAUGAGCACAGGGUGUCUUCCAAUUUCAAGUUUGGCAUCUUGCUUCAGAAAGAAGGGCAGUUCACGGAAGAGGACAUACUGAGCAACACAGAGGAAACUCAGGAGUUCCAAGAGUUCCUGUCCAUCUUGGGAGAGACAGUUAAACUGCAGGGAUUCACCGGAUUCAGAGGAGGUCUGGAUGUGUCUCAUGGUCAAACUGGAGACGAUGCAGUCGUCACUUCCUUCCAGGGAAGACACAUCAUGUUCCAUGUAGCCACCAAGCUACCGUUCACUGAGGGCGACCCGCAGCAGUUACAGAGGAAGCGACACAUUGGGAAUGACAUCGUGGCUUUGGUUUACCAGGAAGGCAAGACUCCUUUCAUCUCUGAUAUCAUCAGCUCCCACUUCCUGCACUGCUUCCUGGUGGUUCGCAAGAUCCGGGGAGAGCAGGAUCAGAGAGCAUCAGGAGGAUACCAGGUGUGUGUGACCGCCAGAGAUGAUGUCCCCCCUUUUGGUCCUGUUCUACCAGAUCCUCCCAUAUUUACAGAUAGUUCCUUGCUGAGACAGUUCCUCCUCACCAAACUUAUCAAUGCAGAGAUCUCCUGUUACAAGGCAGAGAGGUUCAGCCGUUUGGAGCUUCGCACCCGUUCGUCCCUACUAGAAGGCCUGCAGAACGAACUGUCCGCCCGCUCCCAGUGCAUGCUGGGAGAUCCAUCCUCUAUGACAUUGCCAUCGUGUGACGGGCUUAGGGGCGUGUCCGAAGGCAGUGGAGGUUUCAUCGAAAACUUCAAGAGAGCCAUACGCGUGCGCAGUCAUUCUUUUGACACACUCAGUGUUCCCAAGAAAAUCGGGGGGAUUGUAUCGCACAGGCCAAAGACCGCAUAUGCAGAGAAAGAUGAUGAGAGUGAAAAAAACCCAGACUCUACAGUUCCUGUGGUAGAAAAUUCAGAAUCAGCCAACAUCGAAAACCAACAGUGUUCUCAUGAAGAGUCAUAGCUACAAAGUGUAUACAAAUACGCACCCUGAUUGUCUAUAAUUGUUUAAAUGAAAUUGUGUACUAUUUUAUUUUUUCUAGUACAUUUUAGUAGGCCUAAAUGACACAGAAUGUAUUUUAUCUAUUGUACUUGUAAACUACUCGAAAAAUAAAUGUAUUUCUUCAUUGAUCAAAACCAAAUGAAGGGCAAAGUACG